AUGGAGUUCGCAAGUGUGUCGUCCGUCUCCGCACUGUCGGACAUCCAGCAAACCUGGUGCAGGCGAGGGGGCGUUCAGACAAUCGCAGACAUACUACUGAUAUCUUCCAGUGACCUUGCUAAUAAAUGCAGGAUCUUGAAAGGCCAAGCGGAAGCUCUACAGGUCGAUGUUAGUCAAGCUCUAGUCAAGCAGCCAUGUUUGCUCGAGGAUGCGGACCUGGAAGACGAGAUGUUUACGACGGGAGAUUCUUGUCUCGAUGAAGUCCUCGAUGGUGGUAUUAGGACAGGUAUGUUGUGGGAGAUUGUAGGUGAAAGCGCCGCCGGGAAGACUCAGCUGGCCCUCCAGCUGUCUCUAUCCGUACAAAUCCCCCAUACGUUAGGUGGUCUGUCCGGCACUGCGUGCUAUUUGACCACUAGCACCGCGCUUCCCACUUCGCGUCUUACAGAAAUCAUGGAACGACAUCCUCUUCUCUCACGAGAGAACUGCAGCUUGUCCGCCAUCCACACCAUCAAAACCCCCGAGAUUCCCAUCCUGCUCCAUGUUCUCUCCACGAGAUUACCCAACCUAGUAGAUAGUCUCGCUAAGGAACAAAAUCCGAACCCGGUCAAAUUGCUCGUCAUAGAUGCUCUUGCAGAGCUCUUUCAUAUGCAUGACAAAACGACCGCAGAUGUCCUAGGUCAACGGUCAAAACAUCUUGCUGAGAUCUCUACACUGCUUCAUACUCUCGCCAGCAAAUACCGUAUCGCUGUGCUCGUGCUCAAUGAGGUCCAGGACGUCUUCAGUAAUUUUUCCUAUUCCCCGGAAGAAAAUAGUUCUGAAGACCUUGCCUAUCAUGACCAAGUCAGAUGGUUUGGUCGCGCAGAUGGUGUUCCAGGCGAAGAUAGAAAAGAGGCCAGCCUCGGACUUGUCUGGGCCAACCAAGUGAACACCAGGAUUAUGCUAAGCCGUACCACCAGAGAACGAGUCUUAGAUGUUACAGAGAAGAGGAGGACGAAGCGGCGACGUUUAGACGGCUCUCAGAGCCAUACGAGCACGAUGCCACAAACUACGCGAUUACGCUGUUUGAGCAUCAUUUUCAGCUCCAUUGUUCCUCCAACUUCGGUGGACUAUAUAGUCACUGCAGAAGGCAUUGCCGCCUUACCCGGCACAGUAGAUUCUAAUUCUUCGCCGCCCCUUCUUCCACCGCCGCUACCGGUGUCGCAACUGAGCGCUCCCCUGUCUGAUAAAUGUCCCCCGUCAGCCUCCUCUGGUCAAAAUAUUGACAGUGGUUUAUUACUCGAUGUCAGUUCCCAGAGGACAGUUGGUGCAGGCGACUACCGUUCGGAUCCGGACAUUAUGACAUCAAGGGAAGAGGCGGAGAAUGGUCCCCAGCUUGAAGUCAAUUAUGAGUCGGAAGACUACUGGCAGGGUGAUUCAGAGGAAGAAUUUUAUAACGACGUUGACAUUGAGCCCGCCAUUUCGAGUUCCAGUUUCUCGUGA